AUCAGGGCGCCGAGUUUGUCCUAGUCGCUGCUUUCAUGUGGUGCACUGCACCGUGAGACCAGUUUCUCCAGCUCCGGGGACGUGUUGACACCAGAACAUCACCUCUCUUUGGACUGCUCGAGACUUGAAUUUGGACCCACGAGUUCUUUAGCUAGCAGAUGCUAGCUACAGAAGUGGCUCAGCACAAUGGUCUGGAUAAUUCAAAACUCCAUCUCUCUUGUAAUUACUUUACAGCUCCUAUAUUCAGCUCUGAAUACCGCAAGGGCUGAAGAGGAGAGCAGGGAAUGCAGAGAGCAGGAGUACAAGGACCAAUUUGGGAAUUGUAAACCUUGCGAGCAGUGCGAUGCGGGACAGGAGCUAUCAAAGGAAUGUGGCUUCGGUUAUGGAGAAGAUGCCCGGUGUGUGCCAUGCAGGACCAGUCGCUUCAAGGAAGACCGGAGUCUCCAGAAGUGUAAGCCUUGUCUGGACUGUGGACUCAUCAACCGCUUCCAGAAGAGCAACUGUUCCGCUACCAGCAACGCUGUGUGUGGAGAGUGCCGGCCUGGAUAUUAUAGGAAGACCAAAUUAAGUGGCUUCCAAGACAUGGAGUGUACACCCUGUGGAGACCCUCCGCCUCAGUAUGAGCCUCAAUGCAGCGGGCGGGUAAACCUGGUGCCUCUGCCCUCGGUGGUGUCCAGCCCUCGUGAUAUGGCCUUAGCUGUGGUCAUCUGCACCGCGCUGGCUACGGUGCUGCUGGCCCUGCUGGUCCUCUGCAUCAUCUACUGUAAGAGGCAGCUGGUGGAGAAAAAGCCCGGUGCAGCGGCGUCUCUGAGGUUCGAGGACUGUCAGUACAGCGGGGCCGAGAUGUCCUGCCUGGACCCGCGCUGGCUCCAAGACUUUCCCCAGGGAGCCUGCUGCCAGUGUCACCUCGGCCCCGGACACACAUGUGGACCGGUCCACCUGAUCCCGUCGAUGUGCUGCGAGGAGAGCUGCAGUCUGGACAACGCACGCUUUGGCUCUCACGCCAGCCUCAACGACAGCAACUCAGAGCAGGAUGACGAAGUGGCAGGACACGCUCAGACCGGACUUUCAGAGGCCAUCUCGGAGGGUUUCCGGAAUCCAGAAGCUUCUGAAGAUGACGACAAAGGAGUGGCGGGAGGGCUUGGCCGAAGAGAGAAUUCCCCCGAAAGAAAACCAAGCGAGCAGCCGCCGUCAACCAGGGAGGGAUGACACGCAUCGCUUUGGCUUCCAGCGGCCUGGAGUCAUCAACAACGGCGGCGGUGGACGGAUUUCCUUUCACACGACUCGCCUCAUUCAACUUAGCACUCCGUCCGGCUUGCUCCCAUUCGACACGCUCUCCAUUGUGGUCGCAAGCCGCAGCUGACCUCGAGCCCAAACAAAGUACAAUCGAAAGCAACGAUGUGAAGUGGCCACUGGUCCACAGGUGAACGCGAAUGAACUUUCAACACGGAGGACAAUUGACUUGAUCACGUCGCGCCCGGCGUUUUACGUAUAAAGUCGCAACUUGUGGCAUGAGAAGUCACACACGAGAGACAAUCUUAAGAACAUGCGAGAGGAUCAUUCAAGUGACUUGUGAAUAAUGUACAAUAGUAAAUAGUGGCAUAUUUUUGUAAUAUAGACAAGACUGAUCGUGUGCUGCAUUUGUAGUGUUGUUGAUCCAUCUACCUGUUUUACACCUUUGUCAAUAAAACACUUGAACAGA